AUGAUGAUAUCUUAUGUUAAAUGGCUACCAUAUGAUGAAAAUGAAACAUAUAAUCUGACAUUAAUGUUUCCUAAUAUCAAUCCAUUCACAAGAGAAAAUAAUAAAAAAGUGAAACAAGUUGCCAUUUGUAAUGGAUGCAAAAAUGAAAAAAGCAGAAGAUAUCCUCCAAUAUUAGUGCCUAUUCCUGCUGCAAUUCAAAAUGUUCCUAUGUUACAUUGUAAGUACCUUUUACCUGUCCAUAUGAAUUGCUCAUUGGGUCAUGCAGCUGGAUCUAAUCCAUACACAAGCUAUGUUCACCUGAAAGGACAAAUCAAUAUAACACAUAACUAUCAUGCUCUGAAAUUAUAUUCUGGAACAACUGGAGCUUUUCUGAAUGCCAAUGAGCCUUCACAAUGGUUCCAUGAAGCUUUGAUUCCUGCUUCAAAUUGGCUUAGACAAAACAACAGACUUAUAAAAAAAUAUGCCACUGAUGUUAACAUUACACACCCUUUACCAGGUGAACCUAAGUACCUUACCUAA